AUGACAACGGAUGCUUCACAUGACGCUGCUUGCCGGGUUAUUGCUCGUCUUACUAAAGAGUUGACCGCUGCACGUGAAGCCUUAUCUACUUUGAAACCACAUGCUGCAAACAUCACUCAUGCUGCUGGAGAUAUCGAUAUGGAACAAAGCGUUGAUGAAGCCCAAGGUUGGUUGCAAAGCAUACCGAGGCGGAGCAGUAUCCCGAGAACAUUCAAAGUUCAGGCCGUCUUGGCACGAUUGGAUGAGAAGGCAAAGACUUUGACCGCUGCUCGUAAGCAGCGCGGUAAGAAUCUACCAGAAGAGUUGACAAAGCAAGACGAGUUUGCUUCAUUCCGGGAGUCUGCUUGCCAUACUGGAAUUCACAGCACAGGAACUCCCGGAGUUACCGCGCUGGAUGUGCAGGGAAAGAUGGUCUUGACUGGAGGAGCGGAUAAAACUGUUGUGUUGUUCAACUCGGAGAAAGAGCAAGUUCAGGAUGUGUUUAAGGGACAUCAGAAGAAGAUCAACGCUGUUAUACUCCAUCCUAACUCAAAGAACGCCAUUUCUGCCAGUUCUGAUGCUCAGGUGCGUGUAUGGACAACUGGGGAGGAGACUUGCAAGGCCCUCAUUGAUAUUCAUCAAGCUCCGGUUACGGACAUCUCUCUCCACGCUACUGGUGACUACGUGCUUUCGGUCUCGGAUGACUCUCAUUGGGCUCUGAGUGAUGUAAACACAGGAAAGACUUUAUGCAAGGUCGGUGUC